AUGGGUGAUAUCUCAGCACUGGAUACCAAAUCGCUAUUCCGAAUGAUUGCCCUUGAUCCGAGCUAUAGCGGGAAGAACCAUCUCUGUCUACAUGUAUUUAUCCAAAAGAACUCAUCUCAGUUGUUUGCACAUCUGACGGCCAUUGCAUGUAAUCCACACCAGGAGCUGCAUGAUUAUCUUCGGGUUGAUCAAGUACGAAAAGGCCCUCAAAGCUCGAUUAAACCUGAGCUACUCAUCAUAGAUGUUUACAGCAACGACAAGCUACUCCUGAAGAAUGUAUUCAGCCAUCAUAUUUCAAGAGGGAGGCAUUUCAAAUUGAGUGCCGUUUUCCUCAGCCAUAGCUAUUUUGCCGUUGAUAAGAUGCUACGUUUGAAUUCAGAGUACAAAGCGAUUUUAAAGGCUAAUUCAAAGCGAGAUUUAACAAUGGUUCUCAAGGACUUAAAGUUGUCCGGAGUCGCGAGCGAUCUAUCCGUACUCAUAGGUAGCGUGAGAGAUCAAUUGAGGUAUAAUCUCGAUCGACCUAUUCGAACCGACGAGUAA